CUUAAUCACAUUAGGCGGAAUCUUUACAGGUUAUGAUGACGACAAAAAGUUUCUGUUUCUGUUCGUAAAGUACUCAUAAAUUAUGCGAUUAAAUGAUUUCAUAAUCGUAGUAACUAAAUAAUAUUUUAAUGUUUAGUUUAAACUUGUGAUGGGAUUUAUUUUCAUGCCGUUCAGUAGGCUUGAUGAAAAGUACCAUUUAAAUAAAUAGUAUGCAUUAUAGAAUCAUAUCAGUAUUCUAAUGAUGAAGAAUCUUAAUAAUUUUUCAGGCUAGUUAAUAAUCUCAAAGUAAAGCCUAACAAUCUAUAUUUUUAAUGCGAAGAUAUAUUAGUUAAUUUCGUUAUUUAGGUUACAUAAGACGGUCUACACACUUGAAUCAUUUAGUACCCGUGAUACCACAAAGAAUUCAAUUCAUAAUGUAUUAGUUUUGCCGUAAACAUGUUACAUUCCAAUAAUUAAGUUGAACCCUAAUAGGUCAUAUUUUCCAUUUCGGUCAAUAUAAAAUUAAGCAUGAUCUUAAUAUUGAUCAUCAGUUCAAGAAAUUUAACACUUGUGAUUUAAAUAUUCACAUUCACAUAGUAAAAAAAUACUAUUCAAUCAUAUACAUGUAUAUAAAAAUGAUUAUUUAUUUGGAUUUACAUAAGUCAAAAAGUCAAGAAAGACAUCCCAGUAUAUGAUUUCUGAGCUGUGUACACAUACGACUAAGGUAAACUUUGAAUUUGAGACCAGUGUACUAUCCCCAACUAUGAAAAUGGAAUUCAAUGACCAACAACUUCAAUCCAUUUGGGAUAUCAUAUCUUAUAUGAUAAAAAGCACGUUUAAGUUAAAAUAACCCUUGAAAAUCUCUAAAACGGAUGUUAUUAUUUAUUUUGUGGUCAGUUAUCACAUUAACAUUCACAAAUAUGUAAUGCAAUGUUUAAAAUAAUCAUGAUGAUGUAGAAUAAAGUAUAUAUGGUGUUUGAAUGAACUAAUGAUUCCCUUGUACUUGUUGAAUGCUUGAUUUCGAAUUCUAAAUACAGUACAUUCGUUUGUGGUUAUCUAGUAGUUCUUGAUCCGAUUACGUUAUUUCUGGGAUUCCUAGUUCAUACUAUAAUUCAAAUACUUCCGAAUAUCAUACUGGCGUCGCGAUGGAGCCUGUGAUGGAACGGUUGGACAUACAUUCAGAUUUUGAUGCUUUGGAGGAUUACUUUGAAGGGUUCGAAAUUUGGGCUAUGACCAAUGAAGAUGAUGAGGAUAUUAUUAUAGUAGCACAUUUCCUCACAUUCAUCGUAAAAGAAGCAUAUAGCUUAAUAAAAACUAUGGGUUUACCGGAAAAGCCCAUUUCGCUUUCUUAUACAACUCUGAAGGAGCUACUGCUAGGCUAUGUUCAGUAUACAAAUUUUGAAUGUCGUAAAGGAGGAAGAUUUCGUAAAAUGAUUCAUGAGGAUAUAAAAAAUUCCACUGCAUUACGUCAUCCCAAUCCAGUUCAUACUCAAGAUUAUGCAGAUAAUUCAUUCAGUAGUUGCGAUGUAGUUCACGAAAAUGGGCACAAGUCUGGUCAAUGCUUGUCCUCUGGCUGGUUCCACUCUUUUAAUUCAUGUAAAUUUCGUAAUUCUAAGUGCUUUAAAUGUGGUGAUAUUGGACAUAUUCAGUCAAUCUGUAAUACUACAGGUUCAUCUUGCUGCAGCUAAUAUUAAGUCUUGUAAUGCUGAUUCUAUUAAGUCCAGUGUUCCUCAUGAUCAUUUAUCCUUAUCAACGAUUUCAAAAGACAGUGUAGAGUCAUAUAGCAGUUCAGAGUUAAAUGAAACUCAGAAUCACUGUGAAACAACGGUUUCUAAUCAAUCAAUUUGUCAGAUUUCUCAUGUUAUUGUACCAAAUAUGGUUUUUCCAAAUGAUUCGCAUAUUUCUGAUGAAAUUUCUUACAAAUCUGAAGGAAAUAUGUUGAGUGAACGUAAUUAUGAUUGAAAACCUGAUGUGUUUUUGAUAGAUGCUGAUUUUCCUAAUGAUCCUUCAAUCUGCAAUGACAUUCUUAAUGAAUUCGGGGAAACUAUUCCGGAAGAAUCAAAUCUUGAUGUCAUAUCAAAUAUUAAUUGUCCUCACAAUGCAUUUGUUUCUUGUGGGAAGCUUGUUCAAUGCGAAGCGCAAGUACUAAAUGAGCUCGAUUUUGAUUACGAUUCGGAUGAUUUCAUAUCAAAUGCUGUUUAUCCUUAUCACAAAAACACUCCUAAUGUUUACUCUAACCAAUGUGAGAAAUAUGUUUUAAAUGAAGCCACAUCAUUCAUAAAUUGGGGAUAUAAAGAUCCAACAUUAUUUCGUGAGGGGAGGAUAGUCUUAAAGUCUAUGGUCCAAAUUCUAGGUAGCAGCGGUUUCAGUACACAACCGACACGCUGAUUACACAAUCCCAGGAAGCAGGUGAGUCUGUUCCGAUUUCGUUUGUUAAUUCUAAUACUAAUGAGCACAUUCUAGAUACCAGAAAGUUUUUAUCCAAUACAAUUUCGGACAGACACAGGAUGAACUUAAGAAGACAUACAAUCGAUUACAAACACUUAGACUCUAAAUUAAGCUGUGGCGGAUAUGGUGUUUGAAUGAACUAAUGAUACCUUUGUACUUGUUGAAUGCUUGAUUUCAAAUUCUAAAUACAGUACAUUCGUUUGUGG